AUGGACACUACCAAGGCGACUGAAGAAGCCAGGACUUGGGCGGAGGAGCCUCCGAAGGUUGGACUCAUGGACGCAGUUGCCGACAAUGUCGCGGACCGUAGCGAGGAGGAGAAGGCUCUCGUCCGCAAGAUCGACUACACGCUCAUGCCUAUCAUCUGGGUCAUGUACCUGUUCUCCUACGCAGACAGGACAAACAUCGGCAACGCAAAGAUUGCCGGCAUGAACGAUGACCUCCACCUCUCCUCGACCGACUACUCGAUGGCCCUCGUCAUCUUCUUCAUCUCCUACGUCAUCUUUGAGAUCCCCAGCAACAUGAUCCUCGCAAAGACGCGCCCGUCCAUGUACAUCCCCGGCAUUAUGCUGCUCUGGGGCGUCGUGACCUGCUCAAUGGCUUCGGCCAAGGACUAUUCCCACCUGCUGGCGAUCCGAUUCCUGCUGGGCGUGCUCGAGGCAGGCUUCGCCCCUGGCAUCAUGCUCAUCCUCUCCUGCUGGUACAGGAAGGGCGAGCAGGCCAAGCGCUUCGCCAUCUUCUACUCUGCCGCCGUCCUGUCCGGCGCUUUUGGAGGCAUUGUUGCCGGCGCCAUCACCGGCAGCCUGGAUGGUGCCCAUGGUAUUCGAGGAUGGCGAUGGCUGUUUAUUGUUGAAGGCGCAGGUACUAUUGGCUGCGCCAUCAUUGCCUUCUUCAUUCUGCCCGACUACCCAUCCAACUCGAAGCGUUUCACCGAGCGAGAGAGGCAGCUCGCCGUCGCUCGUCUCCAAGCCGACAACGUUGUCACUGAUUCGGAGGAUGCGCCCACGCUUGGUCACAUGAAGGCCAUCCGGAUGUCGCUGUCAGACUGGCGCACUUGGAUGCUGGCCUGCGCGUACCUGCUUUUGGCUGCCGCCAACACGAUGACUUACUUCUACCCGACCUUGGUGGCAGGGCUCGGAUACUCUGGCCAGAUGGCGCAGUACAUGGUUGUCCCCAUCUACAGCGUCGGCUUCGUCAUCACCCUCGCGACCGGCGUCCUCAACGACCGCAUCCCCAAAUAUCGCGGCGCAGUCAUCGCCUCCUGGCUCGGGGUCUCAUGCUUGUGCGCCGUCGUCGUGUGCGCCGUCUACAACUUCACGGCGCGGUACGUGCUCCUGGUCUUCCUCGCCUCGGGCAACCUGGCGGCCAACGCGCAGUCGCUCGCCUACUCGUCCUCGACGUGUGCCCCGAUGCCCCAGGAGGUCCGGGCCGUCAGUCUCGCCUUCAUCAACGCCCUGGCGAACCUGUCUGGUAUCUACGGCGCGUACAUCUUCCCCGCCAAGGACGCGCCCAAGUACAUCCCGGGCUUCGUGACGGUGGCUUGCUGUUUGGCUGGUGCGGUGGCAAUCUAUGGCUCGGCGCAGGUCUUGUUCCGCAAGUAUCCUUGGAAGAACAACUCUGUACGGGGCUAG